AUGUUUGCUAAUGAGACUCCCGGUGGGGUACGGCCAGCGAUUUCUACGCCAUUUAAUCCCGUUCAUAUCACGCAUGUUGGCUACAAUCACGAUACUGGAGAGUUUACGGGCCUGCCAAAGGAAUGGGUAAACAUGCUUCAAGAGUCGGGAAUUUCCAAGCAAGAUCAGGCAAACAAUCCACAGGCUAUAUUGGAUGUCAUUGGGUUUUAUUCUGAAAGUCAGCAGCAGGAUGAAUCGGAUUAUGCAUUUUCGAAAUUCACAAAUGCAUAUGCCAGUCAACUUCAGCCAGACAUUGCAUCUCCAACAACCGCGAUAGCAACUGGAAAUACUAAGCUGCCUCAACGUAGUCCUCACCUAUCUCCACACAUCAGUCCACGCAAUAGCCCUCCUUUACCAAAGCGGCCUGUCAGUCCAGCAAAGCCUCCACGCAAGGCUUCUACUGGAGGAAUUAUUGGCCCUAAGCCUGUGAUUGGCAGCGUUGCUGGAGUACCAUCUACAAAUUCAGUAGUAUCGAGUCCGCUUUCUUCUGCUCAAUCUGCACCAGCCAACUCUUCCACGUACUCUUCUGUAGUACAAGGAGCUACUCGACCAAUUGUACCAUCAACUCAAACUUUACCAAAGCCUAAUGCACGACCACCUGCUCCAGUACCUCGCCAGCGUGCUAAACCAACAACAACACAGGAUGUGAUUGGAAGACUUCAAGCCAUUUGUAAUCCAGCCGACCCUACGAGACUUUAUAGAAAUCUGAUCAAGAUUGGUCAGGGUGCAUCGGGCGGCGUUUACACUGCAAAGCAAGUUGAUACAGGACUUCCAAUGGCGAUUAAACAAAUGAAUCUGGAAGAGCAGCCCAAAAAAGAUUUGAUUAUUAACGAGAUUAUUGUAAUGAAAGCAGCACAACACAAAAACAUUGUCAAUUUUAUUGACAGUUUUUUGUACAAGGGAGAUUUAUGGGUUGUUAUGGAGUAUAUGGAAGGUGGCUCGCUGACAGAUUCAGUGACUAGUAAUUAUAUGACAGAGGAGCAAAUUGCCACAGUGUGCCGAGAAGUUUUGGAAGGUCUUUCACAUUUGCACCUAGGUGGAGUUAUCCAUCGUGAUAUCAAAAGCGACAAUAUUUUAAUGGGACUGGACGGGCAAGUUAAACUAACCGAUUUUGGAUUUUGCGCACAAUUGAAUGAUGACCAAGCAAAGCGAACGACUAUGGUAGGCACGCCUUAUUGGAUGGCUCCAGAGGUUGUGACACGCAAGGAAUAUGGACCUAAAGUAGAUGUGUGGUCUCUGGGUAUUAUGGCGAUUGAGAUGCUGGAAGGAGAGCCUCCAUACCUGAACGAGAAUCCACUACGAGCACUAUAUCUGAUUGCAACCAAUGGAACACCCAAAUUGCAAGAUCCCAAUAGUGUUGGACCUGAGUUUGCAGAUUUUCUUGACAAGUCAUUACAAGUUGAAGUGGACAAGCGUUGGUCUACGGACGAAUUGCUUGCACAUCCAUUUUUGAAAAAGGCCGAGCAUGUAAGUAGCCUUAUUCCAUUGAUUCAGGCAGCACGAAACAGCAAGAAAUAAAGUUUUGUUUUAGCAAGUC